AUGUUGGAAGUAUUCACGAGAAGUCAGAGUUGCUGGAAAUGGAACGUUGGUGUUGGGUUCGCACUAUGUGGGUCUGCUUUUAGUUUUCUGUCUAAUCAGGAACAAUUCCUACAAAUUGGUCCCUUCCGUAUCGUUCGUGCUGGUGCUGCGAUUCUGUGUAUAGUUGCUGAUUAUAAAUGGACUAUGUGGACAUCUUCGAAAACAGAUACAUGUUAUCGCCAAAAAAUUAGUGCCACUCAUAAGAGAAGUGCCGAAAAGCUGCUGAAGCUGGCAAAAAGUAAUGGUGGUGUUUAUAUUAAAGUUGGGCAGCAUUUGGCUGCAUUGCAAUAUCUUCUUCCAGUUGAAUACACGGAUACUUUGUCUGUUUUGCACUCAAAAGCACCGGAGUGUCAUAUGAAUGAAGUCCGACGAGUAGUAGAAGAGGAUUUUAGUGCGAAGCUAGAGGAUUUAUUCACUGAGUUUAAUGAACAUCCAAAGGGUGCUGCAUCCCUUGCACAAGUUUAUCGGGCAGUCUUACGCGAAAACAAUAAGGAAGUAGCUGUAAAAGUCCAACAUAUUCAUGUGCGGCCUAGAAGUUGGACUGAUAUCACAACUAUUGAGAGUUUAGCGAAGUUCGCAUCGUGGCUAUUUCCAGAUUUUCAUUUUAUGUGGCUCGUUGACGAAAUGAAACGAAAUUUGCCAAAAGAAUUGGAUUUUAGAGUUGAAGCAGCAAAUGCUAAAAAACUUAGGAGUAUGUUCUCACAUUUAAAGUAUCUGAAGAUUCCAAUUAUAUAUGAAAACUAUACAACAGAACGUGUUCUGACCAUGGAGUACUGUGAUGGUGCUCAAAUAAACGAUAUAAAUUACUUCAUAGAAAAUAAUAUUAACCGUUAUGAUGUUUGCCGCAAACUUGGUUCGCUCUUCAGUGAAAUGAUCUUCCGCAAUGGAUAUGUUCAUUGUGAUCCACAUCCUGGCAAUGUUUUGGUUAAUAAAGCAAAAAACGGAAAUGUUUCGAUUGUUCUUUUAGAUCAUGGACUUUAUUUAGUUCGUAAUUAUAAAAAAAUGAAACCUACUCUCAGAAAAUGUGAUAAGUAG